AUGUCCUCCUUCCUAACACCCACCAAGAAGUCCCAAAAGCCGGCGACCAAGUCGAAGCCUUUCCAACCACCGAACCGCAUUCGAGCCAUCCGCGAGCAAGCCGAACGCCAGCAAGCUAGUGCCGCCGCCGCCGCCGCCGCCAGCGCUGCUGCUCAGGCACAACAGAACCGAGCAAGACCCCCUACAGUCGCCAUCUCGAACCGCCCGCAAUGUCCGAACAAGGCCUGUGUCAAGCCCAAUGUCGUCGACGGCAUCUGUCAAACCUGCGGUCGUGUCGCCGAUGACAGCAACAUUGUUGCCGAAGUUCAGUUUGGCGAGACCUCUUCCGGUGCCGCCAUGGUACAGGGAAGCUAUAUCGCCGCCGACCAAGCUGGUGUGAGGAGCAUGGGCCCGGCCUUUCGCCGCGUCGGUGGCUCCGACGACAGAGAGAAGACCAUUCGCGAGGCUCGCGCCCUGAUGCAGGGUUAUGCUCAGCGCCUCAAUCUCAGCGAUAACACUGUCAACACCGCUGUGCAGUGUUUCAAGCUUGCCUCCCAGUCAGGUUUUACACAGGGUCGAAAGAUCAUCACCGUCGCGGCUGUAUGCCUCUACGCUGCAUGCAGAAUGGAAAGGCCGUGUCGCGUCAUGCUCAUCGAUAUUGGCGACAUCAUCCAGGUCAACGUGUUUGUAUUAGGAAGAACCUUCAAGGCGUUGACUAAGACUCUUUGCCUCUUCCCAAGCGGAGAGUCUCCGGUCUUCCCUGAGGACAUUAUCUACCGAUUCGCCUCCAAGCUCGAAUUCAAGCAUAUGACCAAUCGAGUCGCCGAAGAUGCUGUCCGCCUUGUCCGUCGCAUGAAGCAAGAUUGGAUCGUCAUGGGCCGUCGUCCGUCUGGUAUCUGUGGAGCGUGUCUUCUGAUGGCUGCUCGGAUGCACAACUUCCGGCGAACCGUUCGAGAAGUUGUUUAUAUUGUCAAGGUCACGAACCACACCAUCCAGGAACGUCUCGAGGAGUUCAACGUGACGGAGACCAGUAAAAUGACGGUAGAAGACUUCUUGUCUCAAGAUUUCGGCUCUAGCUCUCACGACCCCCCGUCUUUCUACCGGAACACCGAGGCUUGGCAAGCGCAGCAGGAAGAGCUUGGCAAAAAGCGGAAGCGAACUAUCACAGACGACGGUGGUAACAACAGAACGACACCUGCGCCCUCUCUGCCACCGCCUGAUUUGUCUGCAGCGCCGACCAUUGAGUAUCGUCGAGAUAAGGACGGCUACAUUAUCCCCCCUCUCCCGUCGAAGAUUGCCGUCAACGAGCCGGCUUUAAGGGAUGCUAACAGCACCCAACAUCUUGAGGGCCUGGCUCAAGAAUUUGGCGACGCGGAGAAGGAAAACGAAGAGUCAUCACAGACGGAUACUGGUAGUGAAAAGACGCGGCAAUCAAAACCGUCGUUGCCAAUCAACGAAGAGUGGGAGGAAGAUGAGGCCGAGAUGGAAGAUCAGAUCUCGGAAAUUAUGAAUGAUCCCGAGACCUACGAGCACGCAAAAGCUUUCAGCAACGCCGAGCAACGAGCUCGUAUCCACUCGAUCUGGGCCCUCCAGCAGCAACCAGAUAAGGCUGUCUCAAUGGCGCCCGAGGUUGGCGAAGACGAGUUCGCCGAUGAUCCUGAAGUUGCAAACUGCAUGUUGACCCCUGAUGAAAUCAAGAUCAAGGAACUUCUGUGGGUCAAUGAAAACAAAGACUGGCUACGCGCAUCACAGGAGCGUCUGUUCCGCAAGAAGCUGGAGGAGAAGAAGCCUAAGAAGGAUCGCAAGCGGAAGAAGCGCCCUCGUAUUGGCGAAGGCCAAACGACACCUGCCAGCACACCUGGCGAGGCUGCCGUUAAUGUCAUGAAGGAGCGUGGUUUUUCGAAGCGCAUCAACUACGAGGCUAUCCGGCAGAUGUUUGACGUCGCUGGUCAAGGUGACCCUGGGUCCCGGCCUGAGAGUGAAGCUGCGAGCCGUCCUACGAGCAAGGCGCCCAGUGUCGUGGACGACCACUACGACGAAGAAGAAGAAGAAGAAAUCGAGCCCAUUGAUGGCAACGGGGGUCAUGAGCACCAAGACGACGAGUAUGGUGGUGGGGAUGACUACGAUGACAUGGGCGACGAAUCCCACAUGUACGAUGAGGACGAUCAUGGGAUGGGUGAAGACGACGACGACGACGACGAUUUUGGUCUCAAUGACGAUGAUGAGUGA